AUGCGGAUAAUUUGUGUUCUCUGUUGGAAGCUUAAUAUCUUCACUUCCCUGAAGUCAAGAUGCAUAGAGGACUAUAACAAAUGUCGUGAUAAACAUGUUUUCAUUAAGCUUAGUAAGAAGUUUUUUGGCCGUACUGUAUUCACAUCCCUGUUUUCACAGAACGAGAAGAAAUCACCUCAGAUUAUUAAUUUCUGGUCUCUUGAGUUAGCAAAUUCAAAUUAUGAAACCGUUAUAAGUGUUGAGCAAAAAAGACACGAUGAUGAACCGGAUAUCUCAAGCCCAUCACUUUUAGGCAAACGUGCGUUUGGAGAUGAACCUGUCGAAAUUGAUGAAAUAAGUGUCGAUUAUACCAAGCAUCCAUUGUUAAAAAAAUAUUGCACUUUACUUUCUAAAUUACAGCAUCAUCGAAUAGAAGAAUCACAGCGUGCUCGUCAUAUUAUUAAUAUGUUAAAAUGGCAUAUAGUUGACCAAGAAAUGUUUAAUGACGUAGGUUGGACCAAAAUCCCACAGCGACUCUUUGUUUCAAAACCAAGUUUUUGUUUGAGGCUCGUUUCUAACGUAUUGAAACAGCACUCAAACGAUCAGCUUCAUCUGGCGGAACGAGCACUUCAAAAAUUGAAAUUAGAUGAUAAAUAUUUCGAUAUAGAUGCUCUGACGGUGGUAGGCGUUGUUUCUAGCAUAAUUUUAAAGAAAUUUGUUCCUGUUUGGGAACUGCACCAUUUAAUUUCUGGAAAUGGUGGUCGAGGUUCUGCCCGAUCAGAUUUUGCUGCUAUAGUCACAAAUCACAACGAUUUGCAAUUUCCUUUCUUCACAAUCGAGUUUGAAAGAGGAGGCUUUGAGAUUCAUAAAGAUAACAUAGUAGUUGUGUCAGAGGCAGUGUACGAACUUAAUCGUAUAUUAGCUUUAGCGCAUAAUUUAUCGGAAGAAGAAGUUAACAGAACUCGUAUCCAUAUAGGUUUGGUGAAUGAUACUCGAAUAAGUUUCAAUACAAUUACACCCGUCUUUAAUCAAGAAGAAUCAACAUUUGUUUAUGUUAAUAAUGACAAAGUACUAUCAUAUAAUUUAAAAACUGACGAUAUAGAGAAAAACAUCGAAAAUGUUUUACAACUAGUUAUUUACCUGAGAGAAACCAUUUGUGAAGAUGGGCUGUGGAUCGAAACAAUAUUGAACAGGGAACCAACAACAUAUAAUUAUAAAUUAAAAGCAUUAUUACCACAACUGCCAAAUGAAGCUCUUGGUAAAUUAUUUACUGCGGAGCCGCUUAUUCCCAACCAACACGGCUACAACAGAGAUGGCUAUCUGGCUGAAAUCACGAAUUCCAUUGAUCAAGUUCAACAGCUUCUUGACCUGCUGAUUCUCACUGAACAAGCAUUUUCUCCAAAACUCAUAAGAUACUUGAGCGAAAGUUAUAUGCAUCACCUUACGAUCGUUCUUCACAAUGAUCUCAAGGAGACAGAUUGCGACUCCUUGAUAAUCGUCCAUUAUCAAUCGGGAGACUCGUCAAAAUUUUCUAACUUGGAGCAAUACGGCAUUGUGAAGCUUGAAUAUAAGUCUGUUGAGCAAUUUCAUCACCAACAGUUGCUGAAGCAAAACAGUGAAAAGUUUGAAGUUUUUGAAGAAGCCCAAGACUCGACCACAGAAAUCCAAGCGUGGUUUCGCCGAAUUCACGAUUCUCCUCAGGCCAAAAAAUCUGCCAUCAAAAUUCAAGUCUGCUCUCCAACGACAAGAAUCGCGUCAACAUAA